GUAGAAAUCCUGACCCAAAUAAAGGUAUCUGUGAGAACUACUCAUGUUCUCUGUGGUCAGUAGACCUCUGCGCAGUUUCAGAGUCUACGGCGUUUUGCGUAAAUCUACAGUCGCAAUGGCAGACGCUCUGGCUAAAAUCCCCGAUGUAGAGAUUGAUCCAGAGGGAACUUUUAAGUACAUACUGGUCAGAGUAAAAGCGAAAGAUGGCGAUGUGCAUAAAGACAUUGUCCGUGGCACAAAAAAUGCCGAAUAUCACAAUCAUAUUUUUGAGAAGGUCAACCCUGCUAUGGAGGCCUUGGGGAUGGAGUGCAAAUGCCUUGGAGGAGGGAAGAUAGAGCACAACAACCAAGAGAAAAAAAUAAGGGUGUUUGGAGAAUCCACUGCCUUUGGAAAAGCUGACCAUGCUGUUUCUGUGGAGAAGCUGAAGACUUUCUUCAGCGACUAUGAGAUCACCUGGUCAGACGACAAAAAAUAGUUGUAACCUUUGUGACAUUUCAAACAUCCGCCUUUAUUUAACAGUUCCGUGAAUCAAACCACAUAAUGAUGCUUUAACUGUUCUGUAAAGCAACCAUUCAAAUACAGUCCUUCUGCAGUUCACAUUUGGUUUCUUACUCAAUGAAAGCACAAGCUCUGAUUCUCUGCAUGUUUUUAAAUGCAAAGUUGUAGACAUUUUUGUCCCUUAGAAUUGACUCGUGUAUAUGAACUCUGUAGAUAUUCCUGUAAAUACCUUUUUGACUUUUAGUCCCCAUUGGCCUCAGUUGAAUAGGAGUACAUUUGCCAGGCGUAAAGUCCAUACAGGAAAGGGUGAGUCUGUUGGAAUCACAGACAUAUCCUGUUACACAGGAGGGAAAGUUUGUUGAAAACCCAAAAGAGAGAUAACAAGCACUUUCAUUUAACCCAUAGAUAAUCACUUUUGUUUUUAAGUCCGGAUAAUGAUAAACAUCAAGCUAAAUUCAGCAGAACUCUUUCUAAAUGGGAGUGCAAUAAUAAAUAAAAACUGCGGUAAAAUAUCUCCAAUCAAAAAACAAACAAGAACUCAGAGUGAGAAAAUAGCCUGAGCUGAGUCAUAUUUUAAGUCACAUGUUCAAUUUUGAAAAGUUCUUCCGGCUCCAGCAUUUUAUGGCUUUAAUCCAGUUCAAAUUUCACUUUUACUUUUAUGCUACGAAAAAAAUGCACUUUUAAAAUCUGUAGUAAACAGGUGGCACUUACACCAAACCACAUGGUGAUGUUUAGCA